AUGCCAUGGAUUGGAAUAUAUGUUGCAGCAGCAUCUCUAAUUUGCUUCUUAACAAUUGUUGCCGAUGCUUUCUAUGAAUUUCGAAACAAAAAUUUUUGGUUCCCGUGCAAAUUCUUCACUAUCAAUGCCGCUACGCUAACAUUGUUAGGUGUAGCAAUGAAGAUGCCAUUGGAUGUGAGUAGUGACAUGUACGGAGGAAGUGAUCAACUUGUAAAACUUAGCAGCACAGUCAUGAUGUGUAUUGCAAUAGUUACUUGUACAAUUCCGAAUGAAAUACUAGUAGAACAUGUUCUAGUUAAUUUUUUCAUGCUUCUGUUGUUGGUAAUAUCAACUUUCUCGGCGGUUACAGUUGCUACCACUAAAAAACAUCUAGAAUUGAAGUAUAGUGAAAUACACAAAGAAGCAUUAAGAGAACAAAUUGGAAAGAAAAUUACAGUUGAAAAACUGAAAGAAAAUGUCAACAAGUACUGGAUGAUGGCAGAAACUGGGAGCCCCCAGUUUGUGAUGGCACGUUCUGUGACCUGCUCUGCUUCAGGGGUGAUCUGUCUUAUGACUGCUCUAAUUUUAGCACAACUUGAGUAUCGAGUGUGGGAUUUUGCUGCAACCGGGGAAUCAGAUUAUACGUGGUCAACAUUUUUUAUUUUUGUAAUUCAAACUGCUACAGUGGGUGUGGGGAUCAUUGGUCCGAUAUGUAGAUGGUUCACUGCAAUUAAAUUCAAAUGCUCCAAGGAAAGUACCAAAGGCUUCAAAACUGAGCUCAAACCAAAGAGUUAUUGGAUUAAGAGGUUGGAAGAAUGGAAGAAGAGCUCUAUAGUUCUUCAAAUCCGUGGUCUGAAAUUGAGAAAACUUGUCCAGCGCACCAAAAAUCUAGUUUUGAACUUGUGUAUAAUGAUUCAGGUUAUGAUUGUGGUAACAAGCAAAUUAACUCUUCUCAUUCCCCUUUUUUAUGUUCGCCGGCUCAUGUUAUGUUACCGCUGUUGCUACAAUUUGUUUAAGGAGCCUGUACAUAACUCAACAUCCCCAACGAAGUCGGAUAAUGUUUUGCUUCUUGAAGGUGAAGUGGAACUUACUGAAAGUACCUUGAAGAACAUUAGUAAAGCAGCAGGUCAUUUCAUCAUCAAGGCCAACAAACAGCAGCCCAGAAAUUUAAUCGAGCUUCUUCAACAGAAAUCUACAGGUGGCUUUGAAUGCAUAUUAGACUUUCAUAGCGACAAAGUUCCAUCAUUAGAUUCUCAAGAACCUCUUAAUUGUUGGGCUUUGCCAUUGGUGACUCUAACUUGCAUCGCUAUUGCAAUUUCCUAA